CCACCGGGCCUGCGCCGAGGGGGGAGGUUGGUCGCCGAGGCCCGUGCCACCGCUGCUGCCGCGGGAAGGGCGAGGGGCUCCCGCGGAGGCGUGCGCUGGCUGGUGGGGCAGGAGCCCGGUUCCCCGGUUCCCGGACCCGCGGGGCGCCGUUGGGCCCCGAUCGCCCCCUCCCGGUUCCCCCACUCCGUCCCGAGGGGUUCGGCCGGGUGGCGCAGCCCGGCGCGUGCCCGCGGCCCCGGCACGAGGUAGCGCGGCGCGGCAGGAUGGCUCCCCGCGGGAGGAAGCGCGGGGCCCAGCAGCCGGCGGCGGCCGAGGCACCGGAGCAGGCGGAUGCCCCGCGGAAGCGGGGGCGCGGCCAGAGCGAGGGCAGCCCGGAGGGCACCGGUCCCCGCGUCGUCAUCGAGCACUGCAAGAGCUGACGGGUAUUCGGGCGCAACGCGGCGGCAGUGAGCGCGGCCCUGCGCGGGGCCGUGGCACACCUCACCGUGGACAUCAACCCCCGGCAGCCGCGCAGGAACAGCUUUGAGGUGUCCCUGGUGAAGGAGGACGGCAGCAUUGUGGAGCUGUGGAGCGGCAUUGGGAAGGGGCCCCCACGCAAGCUGAAGUUCCCCCAACCAGAGGAUGUGGUGGAAGCCCUGAAGAGCAGUUUGGCAUAGAGAGGGCGGCUGGCCAAGCCGGGAGCAGCACCCGCGGCGGAGCGUCCAUGAAGAGGCGAGACCAAGUGGGGGGCACCCGCCAGCCCCAGUCCUGUCUCCGAUGCUGCAGCUCUGCCGUGAGCAGCCACUGCUGGACCUCCCGGCUCCCCCCGCAUCCCUCUUUUUCCCUCUGCAUCCCGCUUUAUCCCCCUGCGUCCCCCCUUUCCCCUUCUCAUUCCCCAAUAAAGCCCCGCAGCCGCUCUGCCAGCUCUGA